CUCACUUUCCACCUUCGCUCCACAGGCGCAGACUGUGUCUGCCUCGACCUUCAACGCCCUACUCCUCUCGUUUCGGGGGCAGCUGAUCGAUAUACCAGGUUGUACUUCCUUGCAGCUGUUUCAUGUCUUUCGUUGCUUGAAUUGUGCUAUGAACUAGCUGCUCGCAGCAGGUCUUUGCCGUCGUCUACUAUGGGUGCUAUUGAUGUUGCUACGGUGGUGGGCUCCAUUAUCGCAGCGUUUGGAAGUGGUCUAGAUGUAUUCCAUCGUCUGGGAGGAAAGAAAAGACCCACCAUUGCAAGACUCCCUCAUCCUUCCGAGGAAGAAGAAUGGUUACGACGUUCUUUGAAAAGUCGACCUUUGGAAAUCCGGAGCGAAUAUGACCAGAGUGUUGCAAAGUAUGGCAAUCGAUUUGAGGUUGGUGAUGGCAUUGCUCAUGCCAGCCUGGCCCACACACUGCUGGUCCUGAACACUGGAUUGAUCAAUUUGAUCAGCCAUGCUUUGGCUGAUGACUCCAAAUCAAGAUCUCUGUCAAAGAAGACCCUGUUCAAUCUCUCAGAAACUGCUGCUCUGGACACCAUGACUGCACUUGGUCAGCUGACGUCGCGCUUGAGCCGCGGUUCGGGCGCGAGGUUGCCAGUCGAACCAAGUCAGAGGAAAGUGGAUAAAAGAUCAGGUCAUGACAAGGAAAGAAAAGGCUCUUCGUCAUCGUCGCUAUCAGCGACAUCUCGUCAAACGAGGCGACCUCCACCUGCGCCCUUAUUGGUGCGUGGUGGCUGGGUCAGAAGCAAAAGCGGAUCUUCCGUGGUCACACUUACCACGGCCAGGAAAGUCGUGGAAUGCGAGCCAACAAGACAUAAGAGAGCUAAGUCCGAGUCCAACCUAUUCAAGUGCUCGACAACAAGAAACGAGAUUCGCAAGCAUCGUAAAGUGGCCAGUGAGCCGCGGGGAUUACGAUCAAGCUCUCAAGAUGCAAAGCCCAGACUUGAUGUUAGGCAAGAGGCCCCAAACCACGCGAAGCCUGAGAGGCAACCAAGGAUGUUACUAGUGCCUGCCGACUUCUUUGCCAGUGCGGUUGGCCACGCAGAACAGCCUCCGCCUCGACCACCGAAGAUUCCACUGGAUCCUGAGCCACGACCUCAGGCUCGAACACGUCGCAAGGAAGUCCGUCCUGUAUCUACUAUGACUUUUAUGACGACCAGCACCAAGAUUGGCGAGAUUCCUGAAUCUCGAUGGCCAAAGCAAGAACUGUCUCCCGAGGAGACAAUCGCGAGACCUUUGCCCUACAUCAUCCCUCCUCCUCUCGCAGCCAUUGAGCCCAAGAAGAAGAAAGGCUUCAAGUUCUGGAAGAGAGAUGAUAAAGCCCAGGACAUUGCCGCUAAUUGAGUCUGGAGAACUGACACAAUUCUGUCAAUGUUGAAAGUGGGCGUUAAUAGGAUCAUGGGAGUAUCUCAAUGGUAAGGAGAGGGAAAAUAUGGGAAUAUGGGGACAUUACUGGAGAACUUUACGUCUUUUGACUUCACUUACGACAUCUUGAUGUUCACUUCCUCUUGACAUAUAUUGCUACUUCUUUAUUUCGGACAUUCACGAA